AUGGCUGCUGUACAGAAUCUCAGUACUUCAGAUGGCGAAAACACCUUCUUUCGCCUAAAAAGAGAUGCUUAUGAUAGCAUAACUGCAUCUCAAGUUGCAAUGUCUGUUUUGUGUAGGUAUGAUCUGAAGGGUCGCUACGCAAAUGUUGCUGAUGCUACAAAACGCCAGCCAAUAAUCUCAGUUGCUGGGGAAUUGGUAACAUUAAAGAAGUCAGUGUGUAUAGUUUGUGAUGUUAUUGAAUGGAGUUAUUCUAACCAGGAGACUUCGAAGACUGGUGAGGAUAAUGCUUCAAUGAAAAACAGAAGGAUGAGAAAUGAAGAAUUGGAAAAAUUGGUGGAAAAACUUGACCCUCCGAACAAAUCAUCCCGAAAGGGAAAAGAAAUUAGUGAAAAUGCUCAAGAAGAAGGCUCUUCAAGAGCAAAAAAAUUAAAACUUGCAGUUGAUAAUAAUAACGCCACGAAGCCACUAUGUAUUGAAGUAGAUGAUGACCAGAAUGAUGAAGAAAAUUCUGAUGAUCUAGAAGAUGAAGAAAUGUCAAAUAACUAUGAAAAUAUACCUAGUAUUAACUCACCAUCUCCGUCAGACCCAACGCCAAUUUCCUUACCUUUGGCAAGACAAUCUCAAGGAAACGCUAACAACACCCCGUUAAGAAACGUAUCUCAUAUUCCUAACAUCGUAAUUCCUAAUAAUGUAUUUCCUCUGAAAACACACGACGAAGAUCAGAGAUAUAAAAGACUCAUGGCUGGAUUCAUGAAAUUAGACGAUUUAACUUUACCUAUAUCUUAUGGCGACCCCGACCUAGAAGCAAAUGCUCUGUCCUGA